UUUCCCGCCCCCUAGUUGUGCGCGGAUCUGACGCCUGACGUAGUUGCGUCGGCGCCAUUUUAGCCGGUCCCACUCUGCACUGGGCGUGGCAGCCAUUUUGUUUUGGACACCGAGCGGGAGUUGGUGGAAGCAGCUGUGGUGGCACAGGCGAAAGGCAGGAAAGGGCAGGCCGGGCGAGCAGACGGAUCGGCCGACUGGACAGCCAAACAACAGCGAAUAAACAUCGCAAUCUACCAAUUACGCAUCUAACCAACCGCCCAGCAAGUUAACCCGAGUCCCCUCCAUCGUCAAUUCAGGUUCGGCCGGUCCCCGGCCCUCCUGCCGCAGCCGUGGUGGCAGCCCCGGGAGGAGCACUGGCGUCCGUUUCCUUCGAUUCUCGGGAUUUGAAGAUGGCUGCACAGUCAGCGCCGAAAGUUGUGCUAAAAAGCACCACCAAGAUGUCUCUAAAUGAGCGCUUUACUAAUAUGCUGAAGAACAAACAGCCGAUGCCAGUGAAUAUUCGUGCUUCGAUGCAGCAACAGCAGCAGCUAGCCAGUGCCAGAAACAGAAGACUGGCCCAGCAGAUGGAGAAUAGACCCUCUGUCCAGGCAGCAUUAAAACUUAAGCAGAAGAGCUUAAAGCAGCGCCUGGGUAAGAGUAACAUCCAGGCACGGUUAGGCCGACCCAUAGGGGCCCUGGCCAGGGGAGCAAUCGGAGGACGAGGCCUACCCAUAAUCCAGAGAGGCUUGCCCAGAGGAGGACUACGUGGGGGACGUGCUACCAGAACCCUACUUAGGGGCGGGAUGUCGCUCCGAGGUCAAAACCUGCUCCGAGGUGGACGAGCCGUAGCUCCCCGAAUGGGCUUAAGAAGAGGUGGUGUUCGAGGUCGUGGAGGUCCUGGGAGAGGGGGCCUAGGGCGUGGAGCUAUGGGUCGUGGCGGAAUCGGUGGUAGAGGUCGGGGUAUGAUAGGUCGGGGAAGAGGGGGCUUUGGAGGCAGAGGUCGAGGCCGUGGAAGAGGAAGAGGUGCCCUUGCUCGCCCUGUAUUGACCAAGGAGCAGCUGGACAACCAGUUGGAUGCAUACAUGUCGAAAACGAAAGGACACCUAGAUGCUGAGUUGGAUGCUUACAUGGCGCAGACAGAUCCCGAAACCAAUGAUUAAAGCCUGCCCACCCUCCUGUGAGAGACUCUUGUUAAAGUUACCACAUCUGUAAAUAACCUUGAAAUAACAGAUGAGAAGAAGCCUGAUUGAUGCUAGAAGGACUUAUCACAAUAGGCUUUGGACUUACUUGCCACCAGUUUGUGCAUUUAGUGUGUUCCUUUUACUUUUUGAUACUGUGUUGUAUGAAACCCUUUUUUCCUUUGAUUUGGUUUGGUUUUUUUUUUCCUCCUUCGCCCAGACGUCUCUUUCAACGUGUGUUGACCUUGUGGCUAGAACACCCUCUUUCUACCUCUGCCUCCCCUCACCUGUCAUAAUGUUCUGACAUUGUAACAUUUCUUCUAUUCAUUUCUGUGUCCCCCAACAAAAAGAUCCCAGAAGGAGCCCAUCAGUGUUCCUCCCUGAUGCCUAGCUUUGUGAGGUAGAGAUCUGUUCUGCGUCCUCUUUAAUAACCUCUUAGAAUGUUUAGAAAAUAGGGAGAUGAAAAACACAUUCUGCCAUGUUGAUAAUUUAGCAUAGUAAAUUGGGUACAUGGACAGUGCUACAGGGCCACAUAACAGUUUACAUGUGGUAGCAUCUCUGAUUUGCUUGAAGUUACUACCGUAUGUGUUGACACCACAGAUAGUAACCAUUAUUCUGGGUUGGGAAUACCUGCACUCUCCAACCUCAAAUGAGAUUCAUAAACUUUCCUUUUGGCUUUGCAUCAUGUCCAAAGACAUACUAUUGGGUUGGCCUACACCUACAAUAUAGAAGCCAUUUAUUUGGUUUGGCAGAUGUGUCAAAAGGGAGAAGGAUGGCAGACUAACUGCUGGGAGAGUUCGGAAGAUACCCAUGCUGAAAUGCAGUUAUCCUCAUGUUUAUCCCAAACCAGUCUUGGGCUUGUCUAUGCAUUGGCUUUGUGUGACGUUCUUAUUUCCCUUGAAGGUUUAAUUAAGUUUAACCAUAUUCUGUCAACUGUUCUACUUGCGGUGGAAUCUUGUAUUUCUGGUUCAUUAUAACAAAUCUUUCAAAUAUAA